AUGUGGCCGUUUGUGAGGGCGGCGCUGUGGUCGAUGCUCACGGCGACAGGUCUCGCGGUGUUUUUGUGGCAGCGACGGGCGGCGAGCGAGCAAGCAGUACGGUAUUCGGUGCCAGUGUUGCAGGUGCCCAAGGACAAGGUGUACCUGGAGAAGGCGACAAUUGGAGAGGCAGGAUCGACGAUGAUCCAGUGCUACGCACCAGCAACGGGCCAGCUAUUAGGGCAUGUGAAGGCGGCGACGGCAGAAGAGAUCGACGAGGCGGUGGCAGCGGCCAAGAGAGCGCAGCAGACGUGGGCCAAGACGACAUUUGGACAGCGGCGACAGGUGCUGCGGACACUGCUGCAACACGUGCUGGACCAUCAGAGCGAGAUCUGCCGGAUUGCGUGUGUGGAUUCAGGCAAGCUGGCGGUGGACGCAGCGCUGGGCGAAGUGCUGGUGGUGGCGGAGCGGCUGCGAUGGACGAUUCUGCACGGCGAGGCAGCGCUGCGGCCGUCGCGGCGGCCGACACACGCGCUGCUGAUGCCACACAAGCGCAACACGGUGAUUUACGAGCCGCUGGGCGUGGUGGCAGCGCUGGUCAGCUGGAACUACCCGUUCCACAACCUGGUGGCGCCGAUGGUGUCGGCUCUCUUUGCGGGCAACGGUGUGGUGGUCAAGGCGUCGGAGCAGACAGCGUGGAGCGCACAGUACUUUACAUCGCUGGCCCGGGGAGCACUCGUGGCGCACGGCUUCGACGCCGGACUGAUUCAAACCGUGGUCUGCUGGCCGGCCAUCGCCGGUCGGCUGACGGGGCAUCCGGAUAUUGCGCACGUGACAUUUAUUGGAUCACAAGCGGUAGCGCGUCACGUGGCUGCUGACGCAGCAGCGGCUCUAACACCGUUAUGCGCGGAGCUGGGGGGCAAGGAUCCGUUUAUCGUGCUGGACUCGGUCGGGGCUGGACGGCUGCCAUCGGUGGCAGCGACGCUGCUGCGCGGCACGUUCCAGGCGAGCGGACAGAACUGCAUCGGAGUGGAGCGGGUGAUUGCGACGCCAGGCGUGUACGAGCCACUGCUGGCGCUGGUGGUGGACAAGGUGCGGGCGCUGCGGCUGGGAACGCGAGAGGGAGACGGCAGCAACGACAGCGACGACGACAAGAACGACGCGGACGACGCGGACGAUCACUACGACAUGGGGGCGAUGAUCUCAGACGCGAGCUUCGAGCGGCUGGAGCGGCUGGUGGACGAGGCGGUGGCUUCGGGCGCGCGACUGCUGGCGGGCGGACGACGCUACCAGCACCCUCGCUUUCCACACGGGCAUUACUUCCAGCCGACGCUGCUGGCGGACGUGACGCCGGCGAUGGCCGUGGCGCGCGAGGAGUGUUUCGGGCCGGUGCUGGUGCUGAUGCGGGCGGAGGCGAGCACGGCCGCAGCCGUGCUGGCGGUGGCCAACGCGGCCAACUUUGGGCUGGGCGCGUCAGUGUUUGGCGACGAGCUGCGCGACCGUGAGCUGGCUGCCGUCGUGGCUGGCGUCAAGGCUGGCAUGGUGGCCAUCAACGACUUUGCCACGUACUACGCCGUGCAGCUGCCGUUUGGCGGCGUCGCUGGUUCCGGCUUCGGUCGCUUUGCCGCGGCCGAGGGCCUCCAGGCCAUCUCCAACCCCAAGAGCAUUUGCGAAGACCGCUUCGGCUGGCUCGGCCUGCGCACGGCCCUGCCGCCCGUCGUCCAGUACCCGGUGCCGAGCCAGCGCCGCGCCUGGGCCUUUGUGCAGGGCCUGGUGGACUUUGGCUACGGGCAGACGAUCGGCCGCAAGGUCAACGGAUUGGUCCAGCUGGCACGGAAUGCGUAG